GCCGCCGGGCAGGCGGUAACGGGGCCUGAUGGCCGGAGCAGGGCUGCUGCCCUCCCUGCCCACGCUGACUGUGCUCGUUCCCCUCCUGUCCCUGGCAGGCCUGUUCUACUCGGCCAGCGUAGACGAAAACUUCCCCCAGGGCUGCACCAGCACAACCAGCCUGUGUUUCUACAGCCUCCUUCUUCCCGUUACAGUACCAGUUUAUGUGUUCUUUCACCUGUGGACCUGGAUGGGGAUUAAGCUUUUUAGGCACAACUAGUGCGGUGCCUUUGCUAACCCCUGGGCUUAUCUAAAUCAAUGUAAUUUGUUUAAUCUCAUCAAGUAUUGCACUUCAUUUGAGAGAGUCUCCUUCUGGCACUAGUGGCUGGCAUCAUUUUUCUGGUAGGAUCUGGAACUGUAUGAAGCAGCAGCCCAUUGCUAGCUACUGAUAAUGCAGAUGAAGAGUAGGAGUAAUAAGAAGCACUAAUUCCGUCUGUUUUAUCCUGUCAAGACUGCUGUGCAUUUGUAGUGGCACUAAUUAGAACCUUAGUUUUCAUGAGGAAGUACCCUGACUGAAUAAACUGAAUUAAAAUCAAAACAUG